AUGGAUCAUCCCCGUGGUGACCGAGACCGCCUGCUAGGCAUGGGCGUGCUCUCGGGCCUCACAUUUCUCGUCCUCUGUCUCACGCCUCCGCUGCGCUUCCUCGUCGGCCUGGUUUCGAACUUCAUCUUAGCUGGCAUCAUCGGCUUCCAGCUGGCAGAGCUCAUGGACCGCAAGUACCGCAAAGAAGUCCGGCUCAAGCACCCCACCGUCUUCAUCAGUGGCUGCGACAGUGGUCUGGGUCUGCACACGGCCAGGCGCCUCCACGAGCACGGUUUCGAGGUUCACGCUGGCGUUCUGGACCCCGGUUCGGAGGGAGCGACCACUCUCAAAGGCAUGCGGGUCCACGUGGUGCCCCUGGACUACAUGGACGAGGACAGCAUCGUCCAGGCCUACAAGACGGUCACCACUCAACUCGGUGACAAAGAGCUGUGGGGCAUCGUGGCCAACGCGGGAGUGACCAACUACGGCGAGCUCGAGUGGAUGUCGUACGACGAGCUGCGGUGGCUCGUCUCCGUCAACGUCACCGGCACCAUUCGCUUCGUGAAGGAAGGCAUCGCGCUGCUCAGAAAGAGCAAGGGACGCAUCGUCAUCAUGUCCAGCGUCCACGGCCACAUGUCCAUACCCGGGUCCGUUGGGGCGUCGGCGGCGGCCGCGGCCCUCUGUUCGCUCGCCGACGGCCUGCGGCGUGAACUACACAAGUGGCAGGUGAACGUGUCCACAGUGGAGCCCAUGCUGUAUAAGUGA